CAUCAGUACAAAAGGGCGGUGUGGGGCUACUGCCACCCGCGGCCAGCCACGAUGCGGAAGGGGAUUCUGACCGAGUCCUGGUCACACCAGCUGGCCCUGCGCAGCCCCAUGGGAAACAGGCCUGGAAUUCCUGUCGGGAGGAGGCUGGGGGAAGGGGAGCCAGCAGGGAUUCCAGAGUUCCUGCCAUAGGCCGGCCUUUGGCCAUCAGGGAAAGCCCAGACUCUGGCCACAGAAUGGAGAAUUCGUUCUGUGACCUUACCAGGGAAGAAAGUGACCCCUAAAGACAGCAGUGUGCUUCCUUGUUGAAGGGGCACAUUCAUUUAUUAAUCCAAUGUCCAUUAAGGUCACUCUGCCAGGCAGGAUGUGGGGCUUAUGGCUGGUGCGUGUGGCUUUGUGGGGGGAGGGGUUGUGGCUGGUGAGGACACAAAGCUGACUGCCCUAGAGGAGCUCAGAGCCUCACUUCUGUUUUCUCUCCCUUCCCCACAGCAGAGGAAGAACCGAUGCUGGAACGUCGUUGCAGGGGCCCCCUGGCCAUGGGCCCGGCCCAGCCCCGACUCCUUUCUGGGCCCUCCCAGGAGUCACCCCAGACCCUGGGGAAGGAGUCCCGCAGGCUGAGGCAACAAGGCACGUCAGUGGCUCAGUCUGGUGCCCAAGCCCCAGGCAGGGCCCAUCGCUGUGCCCACUGUCGAAGGCACUUCCCUGGCUGGGUGGCUCUGUGGCUUCACACCCGCCGGUGCCAGGCCCGGCUGCCCUUGCCCUGCCCUGAGUGUGGCUGUCGCUUUCGCCAUGCCCCCUUCUUAGCACUGCACCGCCAGGUCCAUGCUGCUGCCACCCCAGACCUGGGCUUUGCCUGCCACCUCUGUGGGCAGAGCUUCCGAGGCUGGGUGGCCCUGGUUCUGCAUCUGCGGGCCCAUUCGGCUGCAAAGCGGCCCAUCGCUUGUCCCAAAUGCGAGAGACGCUUCUGGCGACGAAAGCAGCUUCAAGCUCAUCUGCGGCGGUGCCACCCUCCCGCCCCGGAGGCCCGGCCCUUCAUAUGCGGCAACUGUGGCCGGAGCUUUGCCCAGUGGGACCAGCUAGUUGCCCACAAGCGGGUGCACGUAGCCGAGGCCCUGGAGGAGGCCGCAACCAAGGCUCUGGGGCCCCGGCCCAGGGGCCGCCCCGCGGUGACCGCCCCCCGGCCCGGUGGAGAUGCCGUCGAUCGCCCCUUCCAGUGUGCCUGCUGUGGCAAGCGCUUCCGGCACAAGCCCAACUUAAUCGCCCACCGCCGCGUGCACACGGGCGAGCGGCCCCACCAGUGCCCCGAGUGCGGGAAGCGCUUUACCAAUAAGCCCUAUCUGACUUCGCACCGGCGCAUCCACACCGGCGAGAAGCCCUACCCGUGCAAAGAGUGCGGCCGCCGCUUCCGGCACAAACCCAACCUGCUGUCUCACAGCAAGAUUCACAAGCGAUCCGAAGGGUCGGCCCAGGCCGCUCCCGGCCCGGGGAGCCCCCAGCUGCCAGCCGGCCCCCGGGAGUCCGCGCCCGAGCCCACCCCGGCGGCACCUCUGAAACCGGCCCAGGAGCCGCCGCAGGGGGCCCCGCCAGAGCACCCGCAGGACCGGGCCGAAGUGUCCCCCUCCCUCUACAGCUGCGACGACUGCGGCAGGAGCUUCCGGCUGGAGCGCUUCCUGCGGGCCCACCAGCGGCAGCACACCGGGGAGCGGCCCUUCACCUGCGCCGAGUGCGGGAAGAACUUCGGCAAGAAGACGCACCUGGUGGCGCACUCGCGCGUGCACUCCGGCGAGCGGCCCUUCGCCUGCGAGGAGUGCGGCCGCCGCUUCUCCCAGGGCAGCCAUCUGGCGGCGCACCGGCGCGACCACGCCCCCGACCGGCCCUUCGUGUGUCCCGACUGCGGCAAGGCCUUCCGCCACAAGCCCUACCUGGCGGCGCACCGGCGCAUCCACACCGGCGAGAAGCCCUACGUCUGCCCCGACUGCGGCAAAGCCUUCAGCCAGAAGUCCAACCUGGUGUCGCACCGGCGCAUCCACACGGGCGAGCGGCCCUACGCCUGCCCCGACUGCGACCGCAGCUUCAGCCAGAAGUCCAACCUCAUCACCCACCGCAAGAGCCACAUCCGGGACGGCGCCUUCUGCUGUGCCAUCUGUGGCCAGACCUUCGACGUCGAGGAGAGACUCCUGGCCCACCAGAAGAAGCACGAUGUCUGAGACGGUGGUCGGGGCCGUGUUGGCUGAGAGAGGGCUGGGGUCCUUCGUGGUGGGAGUCGCAGUGGGCUGGUGGUGCCUGCCUGGUGCUGGAGUAGGGGACAAUGUGAAUCCCAGAGCGGAUACACGACGCGGGGAGUGAGCUGGGUGGGCCCUGUUAGCGAGAGAGGUCAACCCCGGUGGCCAGGGAACCCACUUCCAAGCGCAGGGACUCCGGCCUCCAGCUGGUGUGUGCUAAGGCUCCGUCCUGACUGCCCUGUGCCCUGGAAAAGUAGCAAUAGCAUCCGCCCGUUAGAGCCCUCUGGCUAGAGGAGCCACCAGUGGAAAGGAAGACCCUCCAUCCUCUGGUAUUAACGCCUUAAUGCCCCUGUCUUUUACUGUAAGUUACUUCAGAUCAUUUUUGGAAGCAGGCGUGGUAGAGUCCUGUAAAUGAAUGCUCUGGGCUAGAUACAGCUUGGAGAACCUGCUGGCCUUGUUAGACAGCACUUGGGCCUUUGCCAGCAGCAAGAGGUGAAGCCAAGCCACUCUUACCUCUCCCUUCCCCUCCCACCUGCCCCCUGCGUGGGCACCCAGACUUGGAGAGACCCAUCUGCUGUUAGUACUUCCAUCCUCUUCCUUCCCAAAGAGCAGACCCCAAGGCGUUUACUCCUUGGUCUGUCUCGCUUUAUCUGUCGCCCCUCCCAGCGCUGAGAGCCUCCCCUGGCUGUCAGCAGCACUGUGUCCAGGCUCUUGUCUGAACACCGCAGCCCCUCCUUUGCUCCUUGCAGAGCUCAGCAUGUCAUGGCAAGGACUGCCGCAUUGGUGAUGGAGGGCCGGCUGAGGGGAAGUUACCGGUGAGUUUCCUUUUCUCCAUUUCUAGCAUAUGGAUGCCUGGCCUCUGCUUGAGCACUUAGGUGACAGGAACUUCCCCACCUCCUGAGGCCCUGGAUGAUUCUAAUUGUUAGAGAUUCUAAUUGUUAGAAAUCCUUCCUUAUAAUGAAUGAAUUCUGCUUUCCUAUAAUUUCUACCUAUUGGGCCUUGUUCUGUUCUCUGGAACUAAACAGAACAACCAUUUACCCCUCCUUUUCAAACUAGAGAAUAAAGAUUUCGUUUUAGAA